CGUAACCACUACCACUUUAUCCUAUGAUGCUGAUGUCAAGCGCAACAAGUGCUGGCUAGGUGUUCUAUGUGCCGGCAGGUGUUUUGUAUGCCGGCUUUUAUGUGCACUUUUCCCGUGCUGGUGCGGCUUAAACAUACACCAGCGCUCCACGUUCCUUAUGGAUUCACUGAGAACACGUUAUUAGGUCUUAUCACCACUUAGCGUUGGGUGUCCGGAGGCCGCUCGCGGUCAGCGAAGCAGAGUUUCCUGUUUGAAGGCAUGGUGAAGGAGGAGGAAACGUUGCAACGCAUCGCUGGGAAGCCGGGAGGUUCGGCGUGUCCUCUUUCGCAUCCACGGCAGUGCACUGACGAAUAAUCUGCUCUGAUCCGUCUAAGCGUUCGCUGUACGCCAGCAAGAAUAUUAACGGCGAAAGAUGUUCCGUGCACUUGCGGAUAUUUUCAAUCCUCUGGACGUCUUCUGGACUCUUGUAACAACUGCGAUGCUCCUGUCCAGUUGCUGCUACUUCGGCAAGAAAGAUGCUGCGCCGGGGCUGCUGACGGCGGCGAUGCUCUACGGCAAAGUGGCCGAAACGAACAAGAAAGCUCGGCUCCUCAGAGGAAUUUCAAUUCCUAAAAGAUGGUUCAAACACUUUUAUCAGUUUGGAGUUGUCAUCUUCACAGCCUUCACUCUAUUCAUGGUGCGGUCGUACGUUUUCGGUUUGCCACUGCCAGGCGCAGUCAUUAAACUGGUGAAUUUCUUUGAGCCAAGACCAACUGGGACUGUAUCAGCAACCAGCAUCCUCCUAGUUCAAUUGCUAGAGACAUGUCAGGUGUAUCGACGCUGCUACGAGUGUAUGUUUGUGUCAGUCUACUCUAACGUGCGCAUGCACGUGUGGCAUUACCUCAUGGGUUACUUCUUCUAUUUUGGAGUGCAGCUCACCAUUCUGGCAAAUGCACCAAUCAGUUCAGGUUCUACUUUGCCAAGGUUUUCUCUUCAUGAUAUCUCAGCACAUCACGUCAUUGGCACAGCUGUUUUCCUUUGGGCUUUCUAUGUGCAGUUUGACUCUCACAUUCGCAUGGCGUCCUUAAGGAAAGACAAUAAAGGCAACGUGGUCACUUUGAAUCACACAAUUCCCCAAGGUGGCAUGUUUGCAUACGUCUCCUGCCCUCACUACAUGGCCGAGCUUGCGAUCUACUGUGCACUGAGUGUGGUCGUAGGCCAGCCCAACACUACCUGGUGGCUCAUGAUGGCCUGGAACUGGUCUAACCAAGUGGCUGUCUCAUUCUUUAGCCACAACUGGUACCGAGAAAACUUCCCCAGUUACCCAAAGCACAGAAAGGCAAUCAUACCAUUUGUACUUUAGCUUUUCGUUAGAACAAUGUUUUGCCUGUGAACUGUUUAAUUUUACAAUGGAUAUAGCCAUUUGAAGAUACUGAUAAGUGCCUUUACAUGUGCAAGUAGCUAAGUUAGUUUAGCGAGAAUCAUCCCAGGCACAGUACAAUGCCACACGAAUUAUGCCUGUCCUUUCUGCAGCAUGGUAAGUUGGCCUUAUUCAACUUCUGGUGCGUGCCAGCCUUUCUUUUUUACCAACAUUUAAUCGAAAUGAUGCUCUCGGUAAAACAUGCUUUUGCAAAUUAUUCAUGUGAGCAUUCACUGUGAUAGCCCAGUCAUGAUUUGCCUACACCCCAUCCAACUUUUCUAGCUGACAAUGGUGUAUUUUUGCCCUCCAUGGAGUGCAGACAGUCUCGUGAUCAGAAAUGACAUUAAGCCUUGGUACUGACUACAUGCAUGAAUCAUGCAUUUUAGUGUUCAGUGCAGUGUCUUUGUUGUCCUGCUACAGGAAAAAAAAACAAAAAACAAAAUAUGUGCAAGCAUGAUAGAGCAUACUUGUUUUUAGCAAAGUUCUGUGUUCCAAACUGAAGGCACUGUCAGGCAAAAAAUUUUGCUGCGAUACAAAAAAAGGUAGCAUCACUGCAAGUGUUAUGAAGGCCACAUUUUUUGUUCUGCUAGUUCUUGCCUAAUGAAGCAAGCAUGCCAGACCUGUUUGCCACUUUGGGUAGCAAAACUAUUUUUUAAUGAAGAGGUAACUGUGAAAUAUUUGCCUAAGGUCAGUGGUAUAAGUUAUUAGGCAGGCAAAGGUGCUUUCAACUACCAUCUCUGCGAACAUUGCACAUUUUUGCAGUUUUGUCGACUUCCGAAUUUUAGUCGCAGCAAUACAGGACUUAUUUUGUGUACCUCACUCUCUACACAGUUCAUACUUCUUGACACAAACUUCCCACACCACAUAAGGCCAAUUGAAAACCCCUAUGCUAUCUUUGAAGGUAAAGAUAACACAGAUAAAGAUAUCUCUUUACCUUAGGUAAGGGCACACAUUUACCUGUUAAAGGAACUAAUGUAAGGUCACUUUGAAAUCACCAUUCUUUAUCACAUUGGCAAAGCGGAGCAGAAUCAUACUUCCAUUUAAAAGAUUAAAAAGUAUUUUUUGUUCAAAAGGUUAUCCUUAUACUUUUACUUAAUGAUUGACUGGCGUCAUCUCAUUGGUAUGAAAACGCACACAAAUAACUUGAUGCCCUAAUGGUUCAUUGCACACUAUGGCAGUCAAAGCAAAGUAACCUCUAGUAUUUACAUGGCUUGUUCGUUGUAAUGAGCACAAGUUCCAGUCACAAUUUGUCUGUCAGUAUGGUCAUCUCUACAACUCUUAAAAUCAUAGCAAAUUAAUUGCUCAUAUUGUGUAAAAGAUACCUUACAAUACUUUUCAAAAGUGUAAAAUGUAUCAAGCAUUUGUAGUUAUUAAAAAAAGUUUUUAAUGCAGUUAUUGGCCUCUUUAAUUUCUGCUACACUUGAAGCUGUGCCUAAGUGGGGAGAUCCAGUGUCGCUCAGCCCAUCAUUGCACUGAACUUUGGUAUUGGCAGAUUCCUUCAAUACUUUUACUGGUCAUGGAGCUGCGCUGUAACGCUAUGGGAGAGCUUUAUGCGCUGCAAGCGGAGGCCGCGGCGCCGCUGGGGGCAUCAGGCAGAUGGCGGCCGCAUACUGUGGCAUGUCGCCACGCGUUUUUCAUCGUAUGUUUGGUGUUUUGCGUGUUGUGCCUGAAGAUCAAAAAGGAUGCCGCAUACAUGGGUGUCGAUCUGGUCACAAUGAAAAUGGCGAAAAAGUGUCCAUGUUCUGGCUACCUAGACACAGCGAACGACGAGAAAAGCAGAAGCGCGCUAUAUUGCAACAAGAAACUGGUGGUUUCACAUUUGAUCCCCAGAAAGUGCAUGUGUGCAAAAAGCACUUUGAUGAGCGUGGGAUCUUUUGCGGGAGCCUGUGGCUAAUCGGAGUUGUGAGGAUACCACACGAUAUUCUGAAAAAAAGGUCCAGAGCUCGCCUGCCUACCAAGCGUCGCCGGGAACCGUCAAUUGAGCUGGAGACUGUUGAGGCUGCAUCGACCCUUUGAGACAGUUGCCGGGGAUAAUGUCACAGUUAAUGAAAGUGACCAUACUGGCCACUUCUCCCUCAUUGCAUACCAGUAAUACUGAAGCUCGACAAGUAAAAUGCUCACCGUUUUCUUUUAUACAGGCACUGAAAUCACUGAAAGUGCAGAGGUGACAUACCAAACAGACGGAGCUAGAUGCAGCUUCUCACAGCUUGAAAAAUUCAAAGCACACAUCUGUUGCUUUGAACAGACACUUCAGCGCUAUCAACUGAAGCUUUCUCAGGUGAUGACACAAGAGAGGAUGUACCAAAAAACUGUACAAAACUUGCACAAGCUGUAAAAGCGUGAAAAGUCAGUUUUCCACAUCAAUGCAUUAUGAGUAGAGACCGGAACUUUAGGCAAAAUGCCUAUUUUUUUUCCGGAGUUCGUUUCGAGCCUAUUUCACAUAUAAACAUGAACUAAAGGAUGGGAAACAUUUUAAUCACAUAUUUAUUGUGCCUAUAAGUGCCUAUUUUGAGGUUCGUGCCUAUAUGAGCUUUUCAGUGCCUAAAAAUGCCUUUUCCCAUUCGUCGAGUAAACGUUUUGCUUAAUUGAGCUCUUCAUAUGAAGGAAAACAAGAAGCACUUGGUGUGGCCAUAUUAACGACAACACAUGCAUAGCGCGCUAGUUUUUUUUUUUUUCAUUGAUGUUUUUAGCCACUGGUAAGGUGCGAUUAUGGUUCGGCAUAGGGUCGACACACGCAUACACUGUGUUAUAUUGGUGAAAACAGAUCAUAAGCUGACGCACUGACACAGCCAACGUAUAUUUAGACUCUUCCAAUGCGCUUCUACGCAUGUGACGUUUGCCAACGCUCCGAUAACAUCGCACUUUAAAUGUGCUUUUAUGUGAGAGGGGCUUGUACCCCAGCGAGGAAAACACGCUAGCACCUACAGGGCUAGCAGGAGCCCCCUAACAUAUUUCCGUCGCUUGGUUCGAGAGUAGUGCAGCAUGGUUGCGUGAGUGUGGCUAGAGUGUACUGUAGCGAAGUGAGGAGAGGCUAAUGCUAGUGUAUCCACUUCCCCUUCAAGAUCCCCGUCGCUAGGUUCGAGAGUAGUGCAGCUCGGCGGUUGUGUUUGGGAGGCUAGAGCACAGUGUAUCUAGAACGUACGCUAAUCAGCCGAAACUAAGCUAGCCUAGCGCUGCCGACUACAGCCUACACAUAAGUUUUGUUGGCAUUUAUGUUUUUCAUAACGGCAGCUGUUGGAAGUCUGCCGAGCAAUGCGGAAUAAAGAGAAGCCAUAAAGUGACCUUCCAGGCAAUGGACCAGUGGGUCACAGCGCUACUCCGUCGAUCGAAAAACGGUCCAUGCGAGAAGCUGAAGAGAAGAAAUUGGAAAGGUCAACAAUAUUUUAAGUUUGAUGUCCACUCUGAAGCAUGCAUAAGCAUAAAGCUUCCAAAAUUGCUUAUGCAACUGACAAUUUAUUAAAAUAAAACCUUAAUCUGUGCGAAUAACAUGUACUUUGUGGUUAUUCUAUGGGCACAUAGAUUCAGUUUGUUAUUUUUAUAUCCACAUCUGUAAAUUCGCAUGCACAGAACUCCCAUGCACCUAUUACACAAAAUGCAGCCAUAUGUGAAAGCUUUACUGACACAAGCCACUUUCAAAUUAUUCGAUUUUACUGUAUAGUAAAACACAAUUUAAACUUGUCGAGUAACAUCGUGCAAUAAAGGUAUGCACUAAGUGGUGGAAGUAUGCAUCAGUGACCGGGUCGCUAUUGCGUUCAAGGCUUAAAGGGAAAGCCUAAGGAUACCUUUUUUUUUUUUCGGACGUGCAGGAAAGGGUCGCCUCGUCCCCAACAGACUUGUCGCUGACAGGAUUGCCUCAAAGCUUGAAUGUGCCUUGGAAAGAAUCCCAGAUUGUAUGUGCGAAAGCAAGUGUCUAAAGUUUCGAGUGGUGCUCAUUCAAAUAUUCUGGAUGCAAGUAAAGCAUUGAAAGUGCUAGGCCGCAAGUACGCUUCACUAACUUCAGUGGACAUCGAGCAUUCUUUUUCGCAUAAAAGCAAAUACCGACUGAAAGCAAGCACAAUUCAAGGCCGAAAACCUUGAGAUGAUGCUGGUUUGUCACUGUUUUCAUAGCCUUUCCCACAAUGUCUAAUUAUUUCAGCUUUCACCUCAAUCUAUUCAAAUGAUUGUGCUUCUUGCUAUUUUUUUUCAUGGAAAGUAUAAAUUUAGCUUUCCUAAAGCACAGAAUUUGCCUGUUGUAUUUGUUAGAAGUUGAAUGUUUGUCCUGAGCACGCUACUGAAGUAACUAUAAGUUUUGCCUAUAUAUGCCUAAACGAUAGUUUUUAACGCUUAUUUAUGCCUAAAUGGCAGUUUUUAGGGCCUAUUAUAGGCACCUAAAACAUUCUUUUUUCGUGCCUAAAGUUCCGGUCUCUAGUCAUGAGCAUAAGAUCAUUUUUCUUUGCGUCACAUGCUGACGCAGUCGGUCAAUUUUCACGUCUGAGGAGGUGUGUAAGGCUUUCGCUUUGACAGUAAAAGCAAUAAAGAAGGACUGGGAAAAUGCAGCACGAGUCAUACCCCUGUCACACGUGGCAACUUAAGUACACUUUGAGCGAGCGUACUUACGGUCACGAAGUGUCAUUUUGGCGGUUUGCUGCUACACGAGAAAGCGAAGUGUACUUUGACUUUGAAUGAUGGCAGUGGCAAUUGACGGAUUUGUAGCACAACGUAUAUUUGUUAUUUUUGCGCCUGUGUCUCAUCUUCGGAUCACGUUGUCUUCGUGGAAGUAGCACCUGUGGCACAUGCCAUCUUAAAUGAAGAGAGAACAAAAAGUGUACGUGGGAGUAAACAACGCAACAGACGCAGCCACUGCUUUGCAUGUGCUGCCACAUCCUCCUAGCGGACAGAGCCGCGAACAGCCCGACGGUGAAAGUAGCGAGGUUAUUGUUGUAUUUUAUGACUUGUUUUAUACAUAACAAUAUCCAUCAUAACAAAAACAAUGAUUUAAACAUAUUAUCAGCGCCGCUUUAGGCAACAGCGUCUUUCUGUAUAAGCCACUAGUACCGAGGCUACACACUUAAUCGCAGACGUCGUAGUGACGUGAGGUUAUGGAAUGCACUUGCCGGCAAGUGUACUUUGCAGCGAGUGACACAGAACUUGUGUGACAGCGUGCUAAUGACAUUUGCGGCUAAGUGUACUCGCUCAAAGUGCACUUAAGUUGCUACGUGUGACAAUAGUAUAAGCUACCCAGCAGAGUGAAGAACUGGGAAACUGCAUUGCAUGACCAACCGAACAUUAAACACUCUACGGCAUCGUAGUGAUAAAUCAACGCAAAACAAAACACGAAAACAAGGCAAAAGCCGUAUAAAGUAUUGCUUGAUCCUUGUUACUUGCUGAAUUCAAAGUACUGAGUCAUUCAAACUCCCUGUUGGUUCGAUAAAUACUAGGGUAUUUUAAGAUUCCCAUCUUUGUAUAGAAACACCGAAUGUAUGUAUAGCCUGAAAGAUUGAAUAUGUGCUGUCAAGAGCUGCAGCCACUGCACUUCCGCGAUGUGUUAAGAUCCACCAGAGUCGUUGAAGAACUAUAGAUUGUUUACAAAUUUUCACUGGAUGUUUCAGGAAAAAAAGGAGCAUGCUUUUACAGCAGUAGCAUAUCUUACAGUGGAAGACACUUGUGUUGAUUACCAUCAAAUUUCUAGCUUCAAGGUCUCAUUCCAUGUUAAAUUUCAUUGGAUUAGAGCUUCCCCGAUUGUCCUUGAAGGUAACAUCACUAUGAAAACGUAAUCAUUCUUCACGGGUACAUUUAAUGGCGUUUCACAGUUCCACCGUGUGUGUAGCGCCGGGGCCGCCUUGAUGUUCCCGCGCAGGCAAGAGCGCGGGAGUGGUUGCUCCUCUUCCUAUGUCAAACUUUCGCCAAAGCUUCAUGACCAGUAAUAGUAUUGAAGGACCCUGGUAUUGGCAUAACUACUGGGAAUAGCUCAUAACAAUUGCCAAUAAUAAAGGCUGUAGUACUGGUACAGUGUUAUUCUUCUCUCUACCAUCAGACGACGCUACAGCCUAAUCAGUCAUGAGACUGCUCAGUUAUAUGUUCUGCAAGACAUAUAAUUAAAUCAGGAUAAUAGUAAACAUGUUUGCCCAAGAACAGGUAAGUGACAGUAAGCACAAAAAGUACCAACGUAACAAAUUCUGCGCUACAUGCAAAGGAAUACUAUUUGACCGAGGUGUUCAUAACCUGACCUUGAGACUAGAUUCGCUAUAUCGUAAAUGUGUUGCAGGAACUCCUCCCUUUUUCCCCUCUAUUUGUGUGUGUGUGUGUAUUAGGAAGAUAGACAGUGCAGUUGAUAAUGUAUUCAAUGUUUGGUGUCACAGGUACUAGUGAUCGUAGUUUCACUCCUGGGUAUCACAUAGGCAGCACAAGGAAUGGAAUAACCUUUUGUAACUUUACAUCGAAAUGUGCGUACAUUUUAAUACUCUAUUUUUAUUGAAUUAUAUGUCUGAGCAUUUGUUAUCUAGUAAAAUUUGAUUUCUUGAGCUACUUGUGGAGCUCAACCCGCUCAAUGUUGACUUGAAGUGUUCCUGUUUUGUUCUUUUGUGGCCAAAUAAAUCUACAUAUGACUUUUGUA